AUGAGCGAGUCUACCCCGACCCGCGAGGAACAACUCGCCCGCAUGGCCGCCCACAUGGAAGAAAGACAGAAAGAAAACGCAGGUGCCGAUCUCAAACUAGACACCCAGUGGUGGGUGCCUGCGAUAAACUUUGGGGCUGAUAUCAAGGAAACCCUAGACUCCGAAACAAAUGACAGUUUCAACGCCUGUAUCGGCAAGUUGAUAGAUCAGAAAUUCUCCCCCGACGCACUCGCUGAGUCGCGGGCUGCGGCCGAGAAGAUUCUCGCUGGUUAUCCUGCGCUUUUUGAGCGGGUGGAUGAGAUGAUUUUUCAGAAACAGGAGAUUUGGGCAUAUCUGCAUGAAUAUGCCAUAAAAGAGAAGGUGGGGGGAACGGAUGUUUUUCGGAGUAUUGCGCCUAAAUAG